CUGUAACUCUACAGUUUUUGUAAGGGGUCUGGUUAGGACACAGAGCAAAGAAUAUUAAGAAAAGUUACAUUAAAGUUUGUGUUUACUUGAUUUGCUUUGCCAUUGAUUACUUGGUCACUACUGAUGUGAAACUGUGAUCUCAUUUUCAGAUUACUUCCAUUAUGCCCUACCCAACAACUCUAUAUAAAAUUGGUGGUAAAGGAGGUUUUCCAUUUUCAUUUACUGGUCAGAACAACGGUGCCAGUCUAGAGAAGAUCGGGGUUUUGGUUGAAGGAUGGCAGGUGAGGGCUGUCAGGGUCUGGCUUUCAGAUGGGAACAAUCAAACCUUUGGGGAACGAUCAGGACCGUAUCAAGAGUUCACGUUCCAGCCUGGUGAGUGUUUCACCUCACUGUCCCUGUGGGGAAAUGGAGCUGGAACACAUCUCGGAGCCAUCAAAUUCAAGACCAGUCAGUCUAGAGAAUUUUUUGUGAAAAUGACAAGCUGGCCAUUAAAAACAGAAUACCCUAUUGAUGUCGGAUCUGGAUUUUGUCUGGGUGUUGUAGGAAGAGCUGGUGCAGACAUCGACUCUAUGGGAUUUCUGUUUCUCAAUGCCGUUCAAUCAGCGGUUCUCACCAAUGUCAAUUAUCCCACCAUUAACCAAAAGGUUCCUCAGGUCAGUCUGGAAGAACUUAAGGCCAUCACGUACACAAAUGACACCUCAGUCACUCAAACACAAGACAUUGGAAUUUCAAAGACAGUAUCCACUACAUCCUCAUGGUCUGUGAGUAACAACUUCACAGCUACAUUUUCUAUGGAAGUCAAGGCUCGGAUUCCAGAGAUUGCCGAAGUUUCAACAGGAUUCCGUUUUACUGUUGGAACAGAAAACACAUACAGUCACGAGCAAACGGAAGAAAGAACGGAAACUCUGACUUCCAAAAUAGAAGUUCCUCCAGGAAAGAAGGUUGAUGUUGAUAUCACCAUUGGCAGAUCCAGUUUUGAUCUGCCUUACACGGGCACAGUAAUUAUAACGUGCAAGAAUGGCAGUGUGCUACAGUAUGAAACUAGCGGCCAAUACAAAGGUGUCACCUACACCGAUAUCAAAGUGAACACUAAAGAGUCCAACCUGUGA